AUGUCCGCAACAUCAGGAAUCGGGAUAUCUCAAGAACUCGUUGACGAGUUCUCCAACGCAGUUGACACGAAAGCAACUAGAUUUAUCAAGGUCUCCAUCCAAAACGAGUCCUUGGUUCACGACGAAUCGAUACCGGGUGCAGGCACUUUCCAAGACGAUCUCGCGAAGCUCCAGCAUGUUGUGGAAGACAACACACCAGCCUAUAUUCUAGGACGCUUGGACGAGCCUCCUGCUGAAUGGAUUGCCAUCUCUUAUGUCCCCGAUUCGGCCAAGGUUCGCGACAAGAUGUUAUACGCGUCGACGAGGGCGUCGCUGAUGAAAUCACUGGGAUCGACACUCUUCACCGACUCGAUCUUCGCCACGUCCAAGGACGACCUGACUGCGGAUGCUUACGCCGCGCAUAGAAGACACGUCAACGCACCAAAGCCUCUCAGUGCGCGUGAGCAAGAAAUGGAGGACAUCAAAGCCGCCGAACGCGAGGCAAGCGGGGGGAUCUACGAGGGCAGUCGUGCAAGGAAGAAUCAUCUCGGGAACGACAACGUUGGCAUGAAAUGGGAGGACGGAGUUACAGAAGCUAUCAAGGCUUUCGGCGCAGGAGAAACCUGCUCGGUGCUCGUCUUCACUAUCAACGUAACCAGUAGCUCAGAAAUGCUUCAUCUUCACUCCUCUGCCGACAUCACAGUCGAUCGACUACGCGCGAGUCUCCUUCCUUCCGACCCCUGCUUUGCUCUGUUCGCUUGGCCCCGCACCCAACGUGAAAUCUACUGGAUCUACUCUUGUCCUUCGAACUCACCUGUCAAGAACCGCAUGCUAUACUCCUCCUGCUCGCUCGCUACGUUCCUCGCUGCGAAGGCGAUUCUGUCGUCCUAUUCUACGUCCGCCGUGGCGAGCAGGAAAAUCGAGACCUCCGAUCCUCAAGAGCUUGAUGAAGCUUUCCUUGUCUCGUACCUUGACUUGGAUGCCGCUACUCCUGCUGCAAGCAGCAACCCCGGCCAAAUCGAUACUGGUGAGAAGAAACCAUUUGCACGACGUACAUUACCUUCACACGAAGUCUGGCAGUCAUACACGCUUUCCCCUCCAGUCUGCAACGUAAAUCGGGGCCUUCAGCGAGGGUUAACGUUACAAACGAUGCUCAACAUAAGAUUGCAAGUCCCUCGAAAGCAUUUCCACGUUGGCCGAGUUUACGCGCUCGCCCCGGUUCUUCAGAAACGAUGCUACUCAAUUCCAGCCCAACAAUCGAAACAGCCAAAAGUAUGGGCCUCAGCUGAUGAAGCAGUCAAGGAUGUCAAGUCGGGGGACACGCUAAUGGUUGGAGGGUUUGGAUUCGCCGGGAUACCUGAUACUCUUAUCACUGCCCUUACGAAGCGGAAAGAUGAAGUCAAGGACCUUACGGGUGUAUCGAACAACUGUGGUGCAGAGACUUCGGGUUUGGGGAAGUUGCUGAUCAGCAAGCAAAUGAGCAAGUUGAUUGCUUCAUACCCUGGAGGAAACAAGCAAUUCGAACAAGCAUACCUCAAGGGCCAAAUCUCCCUUGAACUCGUUCCCCAGGGCACACUCGCUGAGCGUAUACGCGCACACGCGGCAGGCAUUCCUGCCUUCUUCACGCCAACCGGCGCGUCGACGGCCGUGGAGGAAGGUGCCAUUCCCGUGCGGUACAACGAGGGCGGCAUGUCGGCCGGGGUGCAGAUUCCGGGUAUAAAGAAGGAGCAUAAAAUUAUCAAUGGGAAGAGAUACGUGCUGGAACCUGGAAUUCCUGGCGAUGUCGCGUUCAUUAGAGCGUGGAAGGUUGAUGAGAUUGGCAACUGCGUGUUCAGAUACGCAUCAAACAAUUUCAAUACGGUCAUGGCACGAAACGCGAAGCUUACUAUUGUCGAAGCAGAAAACAUAGUCUCAGUGGGCGAAAUCUCGCCAAAUUCAAUUCACCUCCCAGGUAUCUACGUCGACAGAAUAGUCCCCGCCACCGUCGAAAAGAGAAUCGAAUUCGCCACCCUCUCGCAAUCCUCCUCCUCCCAACCAGCAUUUUCCCCGGAAAAGGCUGCCGCUCAAGCCACGCGCCACAGAAUCGCCAGACGCGCUGCGAAGGAGAUUAAAGAUGGAUUCCAUGUCAACUUAGGCAUCGGCAUGCCUACGCUCGUCCCAGAGCAUCUGGAACCAAGUGUAAAGGUUUGGCUCCAAAGCGAGAACGGUAUCUUGGGUAUGGGGCCUUAUCCAACAGAGAAGCAACUUGACGCGGAUCUUAUCAAUGCUGGAAAGGAAACCGUCACCCUCCUCCCUGGUGCAUCUGUCUUCGAUUCUAGCGACUCCUUCGCGAUGAUUCGGGGAGGACAUAUCGAUGUGGCUAUUCUUGGCGCGAUGCAAGUCUCGCAGGCGGGUGACAUUGCCAACUUCAUGAUCCCAGGCAAGAUGCUGAAGGGCAUUGGCGGUGCUAUGGACCUCGUCUCCAACCCCGACAAAACCAAGGUCAUCGUAGUCAUGGAGCACUGCGCCAAAGACGGCAGCCCUAAGAUCCUGAAAGAAUGCUCCCUUCCUCUCACCGGUGCACGCACAGUCAGCCAGAUCAUCACUGAGCUCGCGGUGUUCGACGUUGAUCGCGGUAACGGGGAGUUAACCUUGAUCGAUGUUGCGAAAGGUGUGAGCGUUGAUGAAGUUAAGUCCAAGACUGGGUGCGACUUCAAGGUGAGGGAUAACUUGGGCACGAUUGAGUGA